AUGGCGCGGCCGCGGCCGCACGGCCACAUCGUCCGCGUCGCCUUCGCCCUCGUCUUCGCCUUCGCCUCUACCGUCCUCCUGUCGCCGGCCGCGGAGGGCGUCCAGGAGGGCGACGUGCUGAUCGCGUUCCGGGACACGCUGCGCGGGCCGGACGGCGCGCCGCCGGGCCCGCUGCGGAACUGGGGCACCCCGGGCCCGUGCCGGGGCAACUCCUCCUCCUGGUACGGCGUGUCGUGCCACGGCAACGGCUCCGUGCAGGGCCUGCAGCUGGAGCGGCUCGGCCUGGCAGGGAGCGCGCCCGACCUGGCCGUCCUCGCCGUGCUCCCGGGCCUUCGCGCGCUCAGCCUCUCCGACAACUCGCUCACCGGCGCCUUCCCCAACGUGUCCGCGCUCGCCGUGCUCAAGAUGCUCUACCUGUCGCGGAACCGCCUGUCGGGCGCCAUCCCCGAGGGCACGUUCCACCCCAUGCGCGGCCUCCGCAAGCUGCACCUCUCCUCCAACGAGUUCUCCGGGCCCGUCCCGGAGUCCAUCACCUCGCCGCGGCUGCUGGAGCUGUCGCUCGCCAACAACCACUUCGAAGGCCCGCUGCCGGACUUCUCCCAGCCGGAGCUCAGGUUCGUCGACGUCUCCAACAACAACCUGUCCGGACCCAUUCCGGUAGGGCUCAGCCGCUUCAAUGCAAGCAUGUUCGCAGGCAACAAGCUCCUCUGCGGCAAACCACUAGAGGUGGAAUGCGACAGCUCGGGGUCGCCGCGCACGGGCAUGUCGACCAUGAUGAAGAUCGCCAUCGCGCUCAUCAUCCUCGGCGUGCUGCUCUGCGCCACGGGCAUCGCGUCGGGCGCCCUCGGCCGCCGGAAAAGAAGGCCGAGGCGCGCGGCCGCCGAGAGGCUGGGCAGCGGCGACCAGACGCCCUCCAAACCGAAGCUCAACACGGCGCCGGCCGUCAACAUCGAGAACGCGGCCAGCACCAGCCAGCCGCGCGCCGCUGCCGCGGCCGGCGCCGCCGCCGCCGCGGGGAAGCGCCCGCGCCGCGACGAGCACGGGCGGCUGGUGUUCAUCCAGGAGGGCCGCACCCGGUUCGAGAUCGAGGACCUGCUCCGGGCGUCCGCCGAGGUGCUGGGCAGCGGCAACUUCGGGUCGUCGUACAAGGCGACGCUCUGCGAGGGCCCCGCCGUGGUGGUGAAGCGGUUCAAGGACAUGAACGGCGUCGGGCGGGAGGACUUCUCGGAGCACAUGCGCCGCCUCGGCCGCCUCGCCCACCCCAACCUCCUCCCUCUCGUCGCCUACCUCUACAAGAAGGAGGAGAAGCUCCUCGUCACCGAUUACAUCGUCAAUGGCAGCCUCGCGCAGCUCCUCCAUGGUAACAAAGGGUCGCUCUUGGACUGGGGGAAGCGUCUGCGGAUCAUCAAGGGCGCGGCGCGGGGGCUGGCGCACCUGUACGACGAGCUGCCGAUGCUGACGGUGCCGCACGGGCAUCUCAAGUCCUCGAACGUGCUGCUGGACGGCGCGUUCGAGGCGGUGCUGUCGGACUACGCGCUGGUUCCCGUGGUGACGGCGCAGAUCGCGGCGCAGGUGAUGGUGGCGUACAAGGCGCCCGAGUGCAUCGCGCCGCAAGGGAAGCCGUCCAAGAAGAGCGACGUGUGGAGCCUGGGGAUCCUCAUCCUCGAGAUACUCACGGGCAAGUUCCCGGCGAACUACCUCCGGCAGGGGCGGCAGGGCAACGCCGACCUCGCCGGGUGGGUGCAGUCGGUCGUCACGGAGGAGCGCACCGGCGAGGUGUUCGACAAGGACAUCACGGGGGCCAGGGGCUGCGAGGCCGACAUGGUGAAGCUGCUCCAGGUCGGCCUGGCCUGCUGCGACGCCGACGUCGACCGGAGGUGGGACCUCAAGACGGUCAUCGCGCGCAUCGACGAGAUCCGGGAGCCCGACGCCGCCGCCUCCGACUCGUCAUCGUCCUAG